GACCCAAUAUCAAAUUCGCGCCGUUGGCGGGCCAUCAAGCGCUUCAGAAUUAUCGUAAUUGUCGAAUAAAAUAUAUACUUUAUAAUACAUUCACAUAUUGUAUAUUAAUAGUUUUAAUUUUAAAUUUAUUACUAAAUAGUUUUAAUUUUUAAUAAGUGGUGAUACAAGAUUUAGAUAAGAGCCCGAUCGUCCCGGCCGGUGAUAACAGCGCAACGCCCAGCAGAGACUUAGCAUCGAGCGCCCUCGUCGGUUCUCAACCCCUGGCCAAAUCGAAUUCAUUCCGAACGCAGGAGACAGCCACUCUCAACCCUAUUCGGCAUAGGAUGGUACAGACUGACCCUGGGCCCAGGCGUUUGCUUAACAGUGACGUUAAAGACGACCAACCACAGUCAACGAAUGAUGAAAUAAGCCCAUCCACAACUGCUCCAAGUUCAAACGUGAAUGAAAGCAAUGGAAACCUCACCGAAUCACAACCCUUAAGCCAAAAUACUUCAACAAAUACUCCAUUAGAAACAUCAAAUACCUCACUAGCAGAAAGCAGCAGUACCAAGUCAGCUGCAGACGUUAAUAAUAGUAAACAAAACACGGAUACUCAAAGUAAAGAUGGCCUGAGUCCUUUACUAAAAAGGGAUUUGACGGCGUCAACAAAAUUCCUAAAGAAUAUUAGUCAGUUAGAAUUGAAAGGUCAGGAUGAUGGAGAAGAUAAAAAUGAGUUGAAGGACCAGACGGAGGUCAGUCAACAUGACUUGACUGACUUGACUAGUCAAAAAACAUUGACUGAUCCGACAACAUUGGUUACUAGAGCUAAUGACAACAGUAGCAAAAAAAGUUCAUUAAAGCUCAAAAAUGGUGGUUCCGUUAAUUCAGACAAAAGGGGUAAAAAUGACCCAGAAAAGGGUCAAAGCGAUCCGUCCAAGAAAAUUGCGGCGGAUUUUGAAACAGCCAUAGAUAUGACUGGAUAUGGAAAAUUCCAUUACGCCCUGCUGGCGGUUUGUGGUUUUGUAUCCACGAGUGAAGAAAUGGACGUAAUCUCAAUGUCAUUUAUUCUACCAUCAGCCCAAUGCGAUUUGAAAUUAAAUACGCACACUAAGGGUUGGUUGAAUAGUAUCAUAUUUAUAGGUAUGAUGUUUGGUGCCUAUCUGUGGGGCUCCCUAGCAGACAGCGUAGGACGCAAAAGGGUCCUCAUAGCAAUUUCGUUCAUGAACGCCCUUUGCAUAGUAGCCAGUUCAUUUUCACAAUCUUAUGGACUAUUUAUGUUAUUCAGAUUUCUAAACGGAGCUGCUUUAGGAGGAAGCGGUCCUGUAAUUUGGUCAUAUUUCGCCGAAUUUCAACCAAAAGCAAAAAGAGGUUCAAUGCUUAGUUCAAUGGCAGCCUUUUGGACCUUGGGUAAUCUUUGUGUAGCAGGUUUGGCUUGGGCCGUUAUACCCCAAGCCAGUUUAGGAUAUCACGGAAUCCAUUUCACAUAUAACUCAUGGCGCAUAUUUUUGUCAUUGUGUGCUGUUCCAUCAUUAAUUGUAGCCGUGCUGCUGUUCUUUCUGCCGGAGUCUCCAAAAUUUCUCUUGGCCAGAGGUAAACAAGAAGAAGCCCUGGAAAUAUUCAGAGGCAUUUUCCACACAAACACUGGAAAGCCGCGCGAUCAGUUUCCAGUUUGCGAAUUGAUACCCGAUGAACCAUCGCCCGGCCAAACGCCGCAACAGCGAUCGCUCACGAACUUGUUCCAACAUAACGACGCCCAAGAAACGAAUAAUCAAAUUAAAUCAAGCGGAGAUUUAAUUAAAUCAGCAUCGAAAGAAAAUGUUAUCAUGUAUUUGGAUGCUAAGAAGCAGGAAAACGUUGAAAUUUCUUACAACUCCGAUAAAAUGAAGAUCGGAAAAAAUAAAAGGAAAGGAAAGUAUAGUCGGAUGUUGUCAGACAUGGCUGAGAACAGCAAGCAGUUGUUCAGACCGCCAAUUUUAAGAUUCACAUUGAUAUCGAUAACGAUCAACUUCACGUUUCACAUCGGUUACUAUGGUCUGAUGAUGUGGUUCCCAGAGCUCUUCAACCGUUUCGACGAAUACACACGCCACCAUUUAACUGACGGAAACGAAGUAACAGCCAAUGUUUGCGAAGUAACCAACUUUGUAGUUUCACGUCAUUUGGAUCAACACCAUGACGACUUUGGAGUCACCAAGGGGGCCUCCGGCCCAGUCUGCGACGACGUCAUUCCUGCUGCUGUGUUCCUGGAGUCCCUCAUAACUGUCGCAGCAGCCAUUCCCAGUAAUAUAAUUGCAGUCAUAGGAAUGGAUAGACUUGGCAGAAAAUUCUUCUUAGUUUUCAGUACUUUUACAUCAGGAGUGUGUGCAGCCUGCAUGUUCUUUGUUUACAAUAAACGUCACAAUUUAAUCGUGUCUGCAGUCUUCAGCUCUGUUAUAUCUUGUGGAAAUGCAGCGUUGGACUGUCUUAUCACCGAGGUGUUUCCAACAAAUUUGAGGGCUACUGGUGUGGCAAUAUCUAUGGUAGCUGCUCGACUUGGAGGCAUAAUUGGCAAUGUGGUAAUUGCAACUUUAUUAGACAUGUAUUGUCCAGCCCCGACAUUUAUUGUAGCACUACUAUUGGCUGGAGGUGGUCUGAUGUGUCUAUUUUUGCCUAACACGACCAGGGAACCACUUUCAUAAGAAAAUCUCAUCGUAUAACAGUCGGGCGAUAUAAUAAAUAUAUUUAUUCUUCUGCUCCAUCCCAAAAACUUGAUUUUGAAAUUUAAAUACUUAUAAAAUAAUGAGUCUUUUCUUAUAAAAAUGUAUAUAAAUAAUUAUCCUAAAGUCGUUCAUUAAUUAUUUCAUUAAUGAUGACUUCGUUAUUAAUUAAUAACUAAAAAUUAAUAAAACAAAAAAAAAAAAUAUAUAUAUAUAUGCCACAUCUGUAAAUGAAAACGAAUUAUAAUAUAACAUAAGAUAUCUUAAAAAAAAACACUAAAAUUUUUUAUAUUUAUAAAAUUUAAAUUAAUAAAUUCCUUCAUAUUAAUUCCAUUAAAUCGUCUAAGUCUUCUCAAUAGUUUAGUAUAUAAUAUGUGAAUGUAUUAUAAAUAUGUAUUUUAUUCAUAAGGCAACAACUAAAGGCGUCUUUAUAAUAUACCUAAAAAAAAUACAAAAAUAUAAAAAUACUUGCCAAGUAAUAUUUUAAUAAGUAAUAAGAUAAGUGGGAAUAAAAAAUAUUUGUGUUAAUGGUUUAAAAUUUUGGUUAUUCACAUAAUUUUAGAAUUGAUUCAUGUUGAAUGUAUGAUGUAAAAUUUCCCUUUAAUUUAAGAAUAAUAGUUCUUUAUUUGUUUAAUUUCAAUGUAGUUGAUGAAAUAAAUUAAAAAUG